AUGGUGGCUCCAGUCGCCUCUCCCACUCUCAUUCCCCGCAGUCCCGUAUUCCCUCGGCUGUUGCCCCUACCACCGCGUCCACACCCAAUACCACCAGCACCCUCCUUCCAACGACGAGAACGGUUCAUCAACUACCGCGACAUAUGGCGUGAAAUGGAGGAACUGAGCGACGAAGAGGACGCGGUUGAGGACCAGAAUACGGAUAUCAAGACCAGAGGGUACAACUUCCUCAUCCCCAUCGGCCGAACGUGGACGCAGCACGAAGAGAAGAACGAUGCCGACGACGCUACGGAAGGGUCAGACGGGUCGGACCACAGUGGUGACGGCAACUCGAUAAUGGACGAGGACGAAAAUGACUCUUCAGAGGAGGAAGAAGACCUCGAUGCCGACAUGGAAGACAUGGACCGCACUGCUGACAUGACCGGCGAUCUCGACGAGAUGGCGAGUACAGCCGAGAGCUCAGAAGAGGAAGAGUCGGACGAAUGA